CGUGCGCGCCCUUGGCCCCGCCCCUUGGCUCGGGGGCCAGGUUCCCCAUGCUGCCUGCACGCUUCGCCCGCAGACUGCUCAGGCCCUUCCUUCAGGGACCUGCUCCCACGGUAACGCGCCAUGGCCUCCGGGAGCCGUUCCUCGAGAGGAGAUGCGCGGCCCCCACCUCCUUCCAGCACGCAUCGGGCCUGCGACACGGGCUUCCUCGGGGCCCGACGGCGACUGCGGGUUACGAAGGAAGGGAUGACAUGGAGAUGGAGGAGGACUUUCUGUUCCCCGAAUACGUCCUGGAGCCGGAGCCCGAGGCCGCUCCGACCGUGGAAGGACAGCUGCGGGAGCUGCGGCAGCGGCAGGAAGAGGAGGAACGACAGAAGCUGCAGCGGCGGGAGGAGCGGCGGCAGCAGAAGCUACGCGCCAGGCUCCGGGUGCACCCGGUCGUAGGGCACCCGGACCCGACCGUGCCGUCCAGCGGCCUGAGCUGCUCCGGCUGCGGGGCGGAGCUGCACUGCCAGGACCCGGACGUGCCUGGCUACCUGCCCAGCGAGAAGUUCCUCAGCGCGAGGGCGCAGGCGGCCGGGCUGGCGCGCACCGUGUGCCAGCGCUGCUGGCUGCUGGUGCACCACCGGCGCGCGCUGCGCCUGCAGGUGAGCCGCGAGCAGUACCUGGAGCUGGUGAGCACGGCGCUGCGGCAGCCCGGGCCCGCCCUGGUGCUCUACAUGGUGGACUUGCUCGAUCUGCCCGACGCCCUGCUGCCCGACCUGCCCGCGCUGGUCGGCCCCAAGCAGCUGAUCGUGCUGGGCAACAAGGUGGACCUGCUGCCCCAGGACGCCCCCGGCUACCUGCAGCGGCUGCGGGAGCGGCUGUGGGACGACUGUGCCCGCGCCGGGCUGCAGCGGGCCCCCGGCAGGGGCGGGCCGCCGGGCGGGGAAGAGAACUCGAGUCCUCCGGCCCAGGCCGGUCCUGUGGUCCGGGACGUGCGGCUCAUCAGCGCCAAGACCGGGUACGGAGUGGAGGAGUUCAUCUCCGCCCUGCAGCGCUCCUGGCGCUACCGCGGCGACGUCUACCUGGUGGGCGCCACCAACGCCGGCAAGUCUACCCUCUUCAACACGCUCCUGGAGUCGGAUUACUGCAUCGCCAAGGGCGCCGAGGCCAUCGACCGAGCCACCAUCUCCUCCUGGCCGGGUACUACACUAAACCUUCUGAAGUUUCCUAUUUGCAACCCAACUCCUUACAGAAUGUUUGAAAGGAGGAAAAGGCUGAAAAGAUAUGCAACUGAAGCUGAAGAAGAUCUUAGUCAGCUAGAAAAAAACCAACUUAAUCGCUUAAAAAAGCAUGCUUAUGUAGUAGGAAGAGUUGGAAGAACAUUCUUAUAUUCAGAAAAACAAAAGAAUGAAGCUGCAUUCUUAUAUUCAGAAAAACAAAAGAAUGAAGCUGACUUUGAGUUUGAUGCUGAUUCACUUGCCUAUGACAUGGGAAAUGAACCUGUUAGGGUUGCAGAUAAUUCCACCAAAAAAGUAGAACUGACCCCAGAAGAUGUGAAAGAUGCCCACUGGUUUUAUGACACCCCCGGAAUUACAAAGGAAAAUUGUAUUUUAAAACUUCUAACAGAAAAAGAAGUGAAUAUUGUCUUGCCAACACACUCCAUUAUUCCACGAACUUUUGUGCUUAAACCUGGAAUGGUUCUAUUUUUGGGUGCCUUAGGACGCAUAGACUUUCUGCAGGGAAAUCAGUCAGCAUGGUUUACAGUAGUUGCUUCCAACUUCCUUCCUGUGCACAUUACCUGCUUGGAGAAGGCAGAUGCUAUAUAUCAGAAGCACGCAGGUGACACAUUACUCAAGGUUCCAAUGGGUGGAAAAGAGCGAAUGGCAGAAUUUCCUCCUCUUGUUGCUGAAGACAUCACAUUAAAAGAAGGACUUGAGAAUUCGGAAGCAGUGGCUGACAUCAAGUUUUCCUCUGCAGCAUCCAUUUCCCCACAUUAUAUUCUUCACUUAAUCUGUCAGUGACAGCAGGCCUGCCACUUCCUACUUGUGUGACAUCAAGCAGCUGGUCUUUAGGAAGCAAGGUGGGAGUGAUAACCUAUUUUUCGGGAUGUUAAGGGGUCUAAGUUCACAUAAUGUAAUUAGAACAUCUAGGAUUACUCGUAACGUUAAUGCAGGCUCUCCAGUCUCAUACAAAAUGUUCCCCAAUACUGGGAAUCCCCAGAUGACUCACCUGACUCAUGACUAAGGUCUGCCUACUCUUCAUGAAAUGAGCCACUUUCUUCCUCCCAAAUAGUUCCCUUUAAUGGAAUUUCCCACUUAUGUGCACAGGGCACAGAGCAGCCACAUGCAAUGUCGCCUCCCAUAUCUACUGUCAUUACUGACCAGGAGGAUUAUCAUGUUCACUAGUGUCCCUACAAAAGAGGUUCUCGGUGCUUCUAACACUGCUUCUGACCAUUACGGCCCUUGCCUCUCAGGAUUCCAGGUACAGCAAUCACCAUAGUUACCUCUGCUACUUCUAACUCCAAGGACCCAUGCUUUCUCCUGAGUUAACUUGCCUUAUUCUCAGUAUUUUAAGGUAAGCUGUAUCUUGUCAGAAAAAUCUUUGUUCUUUCGUGCAUUGGAUUUCCCCACACUGGUCCACUAGACAUGGCUGAAUUCCAGGUGAGGUUGUAGCUUAUGCUCACGUAGGAGCCUCUACUUUGUAUCAAACUGUGAUCUACUACACCAUUUAUGAGGGCUCAGCUGUUGUGGCUCAGUGGUUGAGCAUUGAUCGGACC